GGGAGCGAGGAUUUCUGAGGGGCGCGCGAUGCUGGCGACGCUGGCGACGCUGGCGAGGGUCGCGGCUCUGCGGAGAACCGUCCCUUUCUCCCGCCAGGGCGGCGGGAGGGGGUUGUGGACCGGCCGCCCGCAGUCAGGUACUGACAAUAUGAAGCCAUUGGAGGGUGUAAAAAUUCUGGAUAUAUCAAGAGUACUGGCGGGACCUUUUGCUACUAUGAAUUUAGGAGAUCUUGGAGCAGAAGUUAUAAAAGUGGAAAGACCAGGAGCUGGUGAUGAUACACGCACUUGGGGUCCACCUUUUGUGGGGACAGAAAGUACUUAUUUUCUCAGUGUUAACCGAAAUAAAAAAAGUAUAGCUGUUAACAUCAAGGAUCCAAAAGGGGUGAAAAUCAUCAAAGAGCUUGCAGCUGUUUGUGAUGUAUUUGUGGAAAACUACGUCCCUGGGAAACUGUCUGCAAUGGGACUGGGCUAUGAAGAUAUAGACAAGAUAGCGCCUCACAUCGUCUACUGUUCCAUCACAGGGUAUGGGCAGACAGGUCCACUCUCUCAGCGAGCUGGGUACGAUGCCGUCGCCUCUGCUGUUUCUGGUCUGAUGCACAUCACGGGGCCUGAGGAUGGAGAUCCAGUUCGUCCAGGAGUCGCCAUGACCGAUCUUGCCACUGGCCUUUAUGCCUAUGGAGCCAUUAUGGCUGGAUUGAUACAAAGAUAUAAAACUGGAAGAGGACUGUUCAUUGAUUGUAACCUACUGUCAUCCCAGGUGGCAUGUUUGACCCAAGUCGCUGUUAAUUAUCUUAUUGGCCAAAAGGAAGCACGACGCUGGGGCACAGCUCACAGUAGUAUUGUUCCUUACCAGGCUUUUAAAACCAAGGAUGGACAUCUUGUAGUUGGAGCAGGAAAUAACCAACAGUUUGCUACUGUGUGCAAGAUUUUGAAUUUGCCUGAACUGACUGAUGAUUCCAAGUAUAGAACUAACCACCUUCGGGUACAGAAUAGAAAAGAGCUUAUUAAAAUACUGUCGACACGGUUUGAAGCAGAAACGACCGGCAAGUGGUUACACCUCUUUGAAGGCAGUGGAGUCCCGUAUGGCCCAAUUAACAACAUGAAGAAUGUGUUUGCAGAACCCCAGGUGCUACACAAUGGCCUUGUUAUGGAGAUGAAACAUCCAACUGUGGGGAAGCUAUCAGUGCCAGGCCCAGCUGUGAGAUACAGUAAGUUCAAGAUGUCAGAGGCCAGCCCGCCCCCCCUACUUGGGCAGCACACGACGCACAUCCUGAAGGAGGUCCUCAGAUACGAUAACAGGGCCAUCGAGGAGCUGCUCAGUGCUGGAGUGGUGACCCAACAUGAGGAGGAAUUGUCACUCAGACUGUCAAUCACCCAAGCCCAGGUACAGACCAAGGAAUCAGAUGACCCCAUGGUCAAUAUCCUGAUAUGAUCACAAUUCACGCUGUUAGGCACAUAUAUCUUAAAGCCGUGUCCUUACACGCCAAGUGAUCAUUGAAGGUUAAAUUACAGAUGUUCAUCUUUCAAACUGUGAUUUAGAGCUAGUUUUCUUAUUGUGUUCUUUUUUAUUGGAAGGAUUUGAGCCAUUUAUCCAUGCUGUAAGCCCCAAUAUGUUUCUAGAAUCAAGGAUUACAAAUAAAUAGGACAUCUGUCUUCUCACGAGGCCUCCUGGGACUUUUUAGAAGAAUGCCUACUAAUUCUUGAAACACUUAUUAUUGCCCUCUCUGCUUUCCUCUUUGUGGACCUCUUAUUCUGAGGAACUCCUGCUGUUAUCCCACUAGUUAGAAUUUCAUCAUGCAAGGGUAAUUCGAUACCUUCUGCAGUACUUUACCCCCCAAUGGCUAAUUCGUAGAUAUAUAUCUGGAGACAUGCACU